AACCCUAGCUCGCCGCCGCUGCGCGAGAGAGAUCGAAGAAGGGGAGGAGGAAGGAGGAGGGGGACGAAGGAGGAGGAGGAGAUGAGGCUACUCACCCACAACAUGCUCUCGAGCAACAUAAGGGGGGUGGUGAACGGGUUCCCGCUCGGGAUCGAGGCGGAGAAGGUGGUGGAGAGGGAGGUGGAGCUCAGCGCCGAGUUCCUCCGCGGGGUCUUCCCGAAGAUCGAGUGGGGCGCGCUCGUCGCCGGCGCGCGCGCGCUCGGCCACCCCGACCUCCUCCCCGGCGAGGCCGACGCCUCCAUGCUCGCCUCCGACGACUUCCUCCGCCGCUUCCACCGCGCCCUCCUCCAGCUCCACGUCGAGGAGGGCGCCCUCGUGUGCCCCGAGACCGGGAGGAGGUUCCCCAUCAACAAGGGCAUACCCAACAUGCUCCUCCACGAGGACGAGGUGUGAUUCUUUGUUUAGGGGGUUUUGGGUUGUUCGAUCGACGGAGUGGAUAUUUGUGUGCGUGCGUGUGUUUUUUUCUUUUUUCUUUUUUCUUUUUUCCUCUUAUGUUUUAUGCAAAACUUAACAUGGUAAUAGUGUGAUAAUCGGAUAAAUUUUAGCAAUUCGGCUCCAUGUUUUUUGAUUUUUUCUAAUAGUAUUGGGUAGAUGGUGAGAUUUUGUCCACGCGAGGUGUGUUCGUUUACAGGAGAAUAUAUUUAAUUACGUAUUAUUGGUAAAAA